AACACACGAGACUGGAAUGACGUGUCUUGUGUUCUCUCUGGGGGACGAUGUUUCUGUAUUCUUCAUCAUCCCAGCAGUGACUCCUGACGUCAGUAGCUGGUCAUCUAAUAGGCUUUGCAGAGCUGGAAUGGCAAGCUGGGCAGAGCUGUGAUCCAGUAUCCUGCAAAGUGCGUCUUCCCUCAAAAUAAAGUGAAAAUUUAGGGGUGCAACGGAGCCCCACCGCCUUGCCUGUGUCAGCGAAGCAGAAGACGGAGCGCCUGUGCUUGCCAGAUGUCAUCCCGAAAAGGGUCGGUCACCAGCCAAGGAAAUGGGCCUUCGAGUAACGUCAGAGAGAGGGAAGACGUGGAGCUGGCGGAGCUGGGACCCCUCUUAGAGGAGAAAGGGGAACAACCCUCUACCAGCUCAGCAAGCGUUCAAGACCAGCCAUCCCCAGCCAUGCCCAGCACGGAAGAAGAGGAGGAGGAAGUGAGAGUAUUGACGCUCCCUUUGCAGGCACAUCAUGCAAUGGAGAAAAUGGAAGAAUUUGUGUAUAAGGUUUGGGAAGGCCGCUGGAGAGUCAUCCCUUAUGAUGUGCUGCCCGACUGGCUGAAAGAUAAUGACUACCUGCUGCACGGCCAUCGUCCUCCCAUGCCCUCUUUCAGAGCCUGCUUCAAGAGCAUUUUCCGCAUACACACAGAGACAGGCAACAUCUGGACGCAUUUACUUGGUUUUGUAUUAUUUCUUUGCCUGGGGAUCCUGACCAUGCUCAGGCCGAAUAUGUACUUCAUGGCCCCUCUUCAGGAAAAAGUCGUGUUUGGGAUGUUUUUCCUGGGAGCUGUCCUGUGUCUUAGCUUUUCCUGGCUUUUCCAUACCGUCUACUGUCAUUCGGAAAAGGUUUCUCGGACAUUUUCCAAGUUAGAUUACUCUGGAAUUGCGCUGCUGAUCAUGGGGAGCUUUGUCCCAUGGCUGUACUACUCCUUUUACUGUUCACCACAGCCUCGCCUUAUCUACCUCUCCAUUGUAUGUGUGCUGGGUAUCUCAGCAAUCAUUGUGGCUCAGUGGGACCGAUUUGCGACACCGAAGCACAGGCAAACCAGAGCAGGGGUGUUUCUCGGACUGGGGCUGAGUGGCGUCGUGCCCACCAUGCAUUUCACCAUAGCGGAAGGGUUUGUCAAAGCCACCACCGUUGGCCAGAUGGGCUGGUUUUUCCUCAUGGCGGUCAUGUACAUCACGGGAGCCGGGUUGUAUGCUGCCCGCAUCCCGGAGCGCUUCUUUCCUGGCAAGUUUGACAUCUGGUUCCAGUCGCACCAGAUCUUCCACGUGCUGGUGGUGGCGGCCGCCUUCGUUCACUUCUACGGAGUCUCCAAUUUGCAGGAAUUCCGCUACGGACUGGAAGGAGGGUGUACGGAUGACUCGCUUCUCUGAGAACUGCAGAAGACUUUAGUACAAAGCUUCCCAAGUGCUUUUUAGAGUGACUUCUUUGCUAAAAUCAGAAGACGACUGAACAUUUUUAAGGAAACAAAAAUAGUACAAGAAACGUAGAAGAGUCUGGCCACAAUCCAUUUCUGGCUCCUCUUCUCUCAGGAGAACUGGGCUGGGUUGGGUGCGGGGGGGGGGGCAGGGGGGUUGCCAACGGUGUCCACCAGGCAGAAGUGCCUCUAGCCAGCAGACUUUUCUCUCUCUUCUUUUGGCAAAAAGAAUGGGACUUUUUAGGAAUUAUAUUGGAAUUUUCUGGGUGCUGGAGCAAUUUUGGCACUUAUUCAAAAUAUAAUGGGGGCCUGUUCCCUGCUCUUUGAUGCUGCAGACAUCCCCCCCGUCCACCUGCCUACACCCGAGGGGACGUCCCACCUGUGUGUGUGACCCAUCCGUUGGCCCAUAUUUCCUUCAUAUCCGUAGGAGGCGAGUCGGUUCCGAUAAGGCGAUGGCAACUCAGAACCGAGGAUGCCGAGGGUCGUGUCACUGAAGUUUUUGUCUUUCGACAAAGUAAUGUCUGCCUAACGUGAGAGUAUUUAAUAUUUAAUAUUAAGCUUUAAAACAGAAAGGGGUUGUCCUGCCAAUGUCUUGUGACCCGGAGAGCUGUGUAUGGUGUUGCUGGUGGGGGGGGGUGCGCUAUGUAGAUGAUUGUAGUAGCUUUUAUGUCAAGGCGACUGAAAUAAAAAGGUCCGACGCUGUUAAUGCUGGAUAGUUCAGGGGUUGAGCCGAGAGGGGAUACCGUACUCCCCUUGGCAAGGGUCCUUUGGAGUUCCUCCCUGGUCAGUGCCGCCUGCAGCUUCCUUAGGCGCAGGAUGUGAGCUUCUCUUUGCGCGGAGAAAUGCAAUCCUGCAAAUGUCAGUGUUCUCUGCGGCUCCUGUUCAGCCAGAGAAACGUCCACGUUUUUCGGAAGCUUCCCUGCUGGCUCCACAACUGGAGCUCCGCGGUUGAAGCUCCCCGGUUGAAGCAGCAGCUGCUACUGCCAGACACAAAGGCUGCUGGAAGGUUGGGGAGAAGGACCGGGUCCCACUGCAUAGAACAUAAGAACCUCAGAAGAAGAGCCCUGUGCUGGAUCAGGCCCAGGGCCCCUUGAGUCCAGCUUCCUGUCUCGCGGUGGCCCCACCAGAUGCCUCUGGGAUCCCACGGUGCCGGAGGCCUGGCUCUCAGCAGGGCGAGAACAUGCGUGUGAGUAAGAGUCAGUCCCCUCCCUCUGCUGCUAGGGCUUCCAGAGUAAAGGGGUUCAUCCUGGCCCGCUUGACUUCUCCCUUACUCGUCCUGGUUUUGCGGAUGAAGAACUCUGAAGGGGUGGAACCCUCUCCCUGUCGCCCUUCCCCAGCCCAGGAAAACAGGUACACCCUCCGGCCCUUCCGUGAGCUGAUGUGCCUCUUGUGGGCAUUAACACUCUGUUGCUGCCGUUAGGAAGACCUCGUCCUUCCUGCCGUUCUUUUUCCCUGCUAACUUCCCCAUGCUUGCGACAGGCCGCCUGGCAGGCCAGCAACGACGGGCAGGGCUUUCCCUCCACCGUCCACUGAGAGCAGAGCGCUGUACGUGGCUUUGUAAGGUCCUGCUUGUGAAAACGAGGCUUUUCCUGCUCUUGGGAAGCACAGGCGGUUGGGGAGCGGGUCCACACUUGCUUGUCUCAGCUUCUGUGCCAUGUCUUGGCUUAAGAAUGAGGUCGGCCUGUUCCACGCUCUAGCAGACUCUUGAGGAUGAUGGGAGCUGCAGUCCGGUCCAGCUGGAGCAUGCCAGGCUGGCCGAGACUUGCCUCAGGGAUCUUACCCCAUUCUUGCUAAAGUCCGUACCCUCUCUUCUCUCGGGCAAUGGGCAGGAGCCGAUACCACUGAGUCAGUGCUUGCCUUUUUAGCUAGUUGUUGCCAGAGAGGUUUAAACGUGCUUGGCUGGAAGGUUGUUCUUGCAGGCGGCAGCGGCUACUACGCACCUUUCCCCCUUCUCAGUCAUUCGUCAUGGGAACGACCGAGGACUUCCUGCCAGGCUUCGCAACGGGGAUCAUUCGAGACCUGCUUUUCAGGGGCGCCUUGGCCUGUGCGUUUGUUUCCCUGCUGAACCCAAGAGCUCAACGUGGGUUGCACUAGACCGAACCUGUUUUCUGUCCCGCCUUGAACCUGCUGUUCUUCUCUGAAAUGACAGUCUUGUGGCACCUCUAAGACCAACAAGGUGUUUUUUUGGCAGAAGCCCUUGUGGACUGUAGACCGCCCCCUUGGGUGUCGUCCAAAUCUCAUGUCAGAUAAAAUGCUGACCUUGUUCGAGGAUUUCAAGCCAUGGUCUUAUCGGAUUCACACCUCUUAAAAGUCGGAUGCACCCCCUCUAUCUAUCUGCUUCGGGGUGUCUCAAGUGCAGUCCACGAUAUAUUGAUGACCGGUACUCCCAUCAGCCAUCACCAACACAACCCGCGGUAGAAGAAGAGCAGAGGCUGCAAUCCAGCAGCAUACGGAGGGCUGAAUUUUGCCCCCCUGUAGCCUGGCGUGAAGUAGAAAUUUGCUGAUCCUCUCCCAUCCAUAAGAACAAAUGUUUCUCUGGUCCUCUCGAUCUGUCGCCACUUGUCAGCUUUGCUGUCUGGGUUGCUCUCUGGAGGGGAUUGGUUUGUCCGCACCUUCCACAUAAUCGAUGGCCCGUCUCUCUCUCUCUCUCUCUUUCAAAGCGAAGGGAUGGAUUGCAAAGAUUCUUUUUGCAGAUUUGAGCUUGACAUGGUUUUCGAACACAUCAGGGAUUAAGGAUGUGUUUUACAUGAUAACGCCUGUUGCUUAUUUCUACGCAGCUAUGGUUUUAGAAGAUCAAUAUUUCUUUCCCAUGCUUUGCUCCAGAAGGAAACACUGUCUUUUUUAAACAAUAACUCUCUAAGUUUUUGAUCUGCUAUAGAUCCCAGCCAGCCCAAGAAAAUGGAGCUAAAUGAGCUGAUGUGAUCUACCUCAAAUCUACCAACACA